UGAUUGAUGAGUAGCGGACGCCGCAUGAUCAUCUAAAGGCCGCCGAAGGCUUUGUGCAAGAACUGGCCAUCUUCCACAUCGUGUGCCCUACACUGAUCCAUCAGUCAUCAGCGGCCAAAAAUCCCAGCGACCAAUCAAUCAAGUGAUGACCAACCAGUUUCCAGCGGACCAGCCUUUCCCUUAAGGCUCGAUAAGUGGGCUCGCGGAGAUUCAGAUCCGUGAUAUAUCUGGAGGGCCCAUAUUCCUCUCUUUUUCCGUCGUCUUUAGGAACGGCGGAAGGGUGAGGGCAAGGCGGAGGAAAGGGGUGAAGAGAGGCUGAGAUCCCGACGGCCUAUGUGGGUGGUCCCCCUUUGUCGCGAGAGGAACACCGGACUAAACGUAAAGCGAUUGCCGUCCGUUCGAGAAGGAGCAUCGGAUGGCAGGGAAGAUAAUUGCCAAUCUUGUUAUCCUUGGAUCGGGGGUGCUUUUGCGUGCAGUCACACAGGCGUAUCGCCAAGCCAUUAUCAAUGGGAUGAAAAGUGGAGUCGGUCAGGAGGUUGCGAACAAUGUCCGGAAAGCUACUUUGUCAAAGACUAUGUCAAUACAAGAGGCACGAAUGAUACUGGGUGUUGACGACAAAACAUCGUGGGACGAAAUUUCGCAGAAGUUUGAAAAUUUGUACGAAAGGAACGAGAAGAUGGGCUCAUUUUACAUCCAGUCGAAAGUUCUACGAGCCAAGGAGGCACUGGAAGAAGUACAUGUACCGGAUGAGCAGCACCAUCAGGAGGAUCAACAUCCAUCGUGACACUUAGGAGCACAAUCGGCAUGUGCUUACAUUGUUUCUGUUGCUAUACCUCUCAACCCCUCUCUGCCCCAGCUCUGCUCAUCUCUCUGCACCAAUUCUUCUGGUAGUCAUGAAGGUGUGCGCUAGCUGCAACCUUUGUCAUGGAACUGAGGAAUGGAAAUGGAAAUGGAAAUGGAAAGCAGAACAGGAUGGAAAGGAAUGUGCUUACCUGGCUUGCUCAGCAUCAGAGUGGAAGUGAGAAGGCCACGAUGGUGUAUGGGGUAGACCAUUUGCGAGGCAGUCCCCUGUUUACAAGGGGUAAAGAGGAGAGUUGUGGUACCUUACUUCACGACGGAGACGUUUUGUUGUUUGUGAGAAGAAAAGAGGGCAGCGUUGCCAGUGUGUUACAUCUUUGGCCUUGGGUGGAGGAAAAUGGGAGGGAGUGGAUGGUUUUGUUUGCUAGCAGACAUGUAUGUGGAUCAGAUUCAUAAGUCCCUCAGGAUGGAGGGAGAGAGAGCCGAAGGAUUUGAUCGCAUGAUUCUAUAUGGCUUACUUCCCAAUACAGCUGCUAGAAGGGGGAACUACAAGGUAGGUGUUGCAGGUAUUGGCUUGCCUGUGCCUGUCCCCUUGAAGGUGUUAUGCUUGACGAUGAUGAGAAUGGACGGGGUCUUGAUUGAGAAUUGAAAGGGUGUCUGAUCGCCCCUUGUGUGGACAAACGAGUUUGUCCGGCCAAGGACCACGGCACAAGAAUGCGGCCAACCGAGGUGCCGCCCUCCAUUUUUUGCCAAAUGUCCCCACACUAUGACUCGUUUGUCCUCCUGGUCAUUUGGCUAUGGUUGUUGGUUUCCGACUUUUAGUUUGAGAUCUGGAACUCAGCAGACAAUUUAACAAACGAUGUAUUCUUUCCUUGUCCCCCUUUGUGUUUGUUAUACUCAGUUUCAACUUUCAACUUUCGACUUUGAGCUUUGAGCUUUGAAGUCCGAAGAUCUAUGUUUAACAAACGAUGUUAUGACGCCACUCUUAUUAUGAGGUAUCGGAACAACGAACUUCCAGUCCGUCAGAAUUUGGAUUUGGUGGCUUGAAGGAGGAGAGUCCCGUGUUGCGGGCCCUGGCGUCAUGGGCUGGGCUGCUCAUGAACUAACAUCCGUAAGUGCCUUGCGACU